AGCGCUUUCUCUAUUGGGCGAGCGCCGCGUCGCUCAUGAUUCCCAGCCAAUGGGAGCCGUGUCAGCUGAGGGGAAUAGCGGUGUGGUCCCGCCUCACUGCGGCGGUUCUGCUGUUUCAUUGGUGGAAACGGCAGCCGCUCAGAAGCGCGGGCCAGUCACCGCUCAGGACACGCGGAGGAGCCCGCCCACCUCUCCCCAACCCGCCCUCCCUUCCAUUGGACAGCACGACCGCCGCUCUAACCGGGAUGACCAACCCGGAGGCGGAGAAGAGGAAAAGCCCUUUCACGAUUCGCCAGCCAGCUGUCAAUCAGACAUCUCUGCCCGCUAAUUGGCUGUUGCGGCGCUUCCCGCCCUCCCCUUGCACAUCCCCGGGACGGUUAUACGCGCACAAAGAGCGACACUCCCGAGGCGAAGCCCUGGGGCCGAGUCCCCUCCACGUACCCUGAGAGGCCGCCCCGCUGAGGGCAGCAGAGCCCAUUCCUGCUGUUUGCAGGCCGGGGUGAGGGGGAAGGGUCUCUGGGGUUGGACCCUCACAACAGGGCCCAACAUGGCGCCCGCGUUGCCCCGGUAACGGCCACUUCCUGCGGCACUUCCGGCCGGUGAGCCCAAGAUGGCGGCGCCCAUGGCGGGCGCCGGGCCGGGGCCGCUCCCGGUGCUUCGGGUCGUGGCCGAGUGCGGGCGGAGCCGCGCCCGGGCCGGGGAGCUGCGGCUGCCGCGGGGGACCGUGCCCUGCCCCGUCUUCAUGCCCGUGGGCACCCGCGGCACCGCCAAGGGCCUCACGGCCGCGCAGCUGGCGGCGCUCGGCUGCCGCAUCUGCCUCGGCAACACCUUCCACCUGGGCACGAGGCCGGGCCCGGAGCUGAUCCGGCGUUCCGGGGGCCUCCACGGAUUCAUGGACUGGCCCCACAACCUGCUGACGGUGAGGGGGCG